AUGGAUCCCAACCUUGCACUCGUCUAUGGCUCCAAAGAGCCUCAAAUAUGUCUGAAGACCAUGAAAGAUCUCAUAGAUGAUCAGGCUGCCAAAUAUGGAGAUCGCCCAGCGGUUGUCUUUCCGUGGCAGUCUGUUCGGCUUUCAUAUCGCCAACUGGCAGACCGGAGCAAAAUUCUAGCCAAGGCGAUGCUCGAGAUGGGACUGCGCCACGGCGACUGCGUGGGUAUCAUGGCAGGCAAUUGCUAUGAGUACAUCGAGGUUUUCCUUGGUGGUGCUCGGAUCGGAUGCCCUGUUGUUGUACUGAACAACACAUACACACCAAUCGAGCUGUCUAAUGCAGUUCAGAGGAGUUCAUGCAAGCUUGUCUUUCAUGCAACUAGUAUCGGCACCCGGGACUUGACAGGUCAUAUCACAACUUUACGAGGGACACAAUUCCCAAAUCCAGCGCUACCUGAGCUACGACGGAUUGUUUCGCUUGGUCCUGGGGGGUUCUCGGAUAAAGGUGUUCAGGUUCAGCCCUACCACACCUUUACCUCGAAUGGUCUUUCGGUGUUUAUGAACGAUGCCACGCUCAAACGCGCAGAGAAAAAGGUCACUCGUGAAGAUGUGGUCAAUUUACAAUUUACGUCCGGAACUACGGGCUCACCUAAAGCUGCAAUGCUUACACAUACGAAUCUGAUCAAUAACGCGCAGUUCAUCGGAGGAGCAAUGCAACUUACUCCCGACGAUGUUAUCUGUUGCCCACCCCCGAUGUUCCAUUGCUUCGGACUAGUCUUGGGAUUUCUCUCUUCAUUUUACCGUGGAAGCUCCAUCGUGUUCCCAUCGGACUAUUUCGACGUCACAAAGGUAGUCGAUGCCAUUAUCAACGAAGAUGCCACAGUCCUCCUUGGUGUUCCAACCAUGUACGUCGCCGAAUUGGAAGUCAUGGCCAAAACUGGACAACGACCUCGUCGACUACGAACCGGACUCGCUUCAGGCUCAACAGUAUCCCAGAAUCUCAUGGAACAGCUACGAGAGACUAUGGGUGUGAAAAAGAUGCUGAUCGCCUACGGUAUGACGGAGACCAGUCCUGUGAGCUUUAUCACUUCAUUGGACGACAGUGAUGAAAAGGGUACGACGACGGUUGGUCGGGUCAUCCCGCACACGGCUGCAAAGGUCAUCGAUGACAAGGGUAAGAUCUUAUCACGAGGGCAGCGGGGUGAAUUGUGUACCAGUGGCUUCGUGCUCCAGAAGGGGUACUGGAGGAACGAAGAAAAGACCAAAGAGGUAAUGCGACGAGACGAGAACGGUGUUUUGUGGAUGCACACCGGCGACGAAGCCAUGAUUGAUGCGGAUGGGUUCGCACAUAUCACCGGUCGAAUCAAAGAUCUUAUCAUUCGAGGCGGCGAGAACAUCUUCCCACGGGAAAUUGAAGAGCGGCUGAUGUCUCACCCUUCCAUUUCCGAGGCCAGCGUGGUCGGAAUCAAAGACGAGCGGUAUGGCGAAGUGGUUGGGUGCUUUUUGAAGAAUUCUGGAAAGCAAAAGCCCACCGACCAAGAGAUUCAGCAAUUUGUUGGGGAAAGGCUGGGCCGACACAAAGCCCCUCAGCAUGUAUUUUGGCUAGGCGAUGCAGGGGUGGGUGCAGACUUCCCCAAGACAGGAAGUGGAAAGCAUCAAAAGCAAUUGAUGCGGGAUAUUGGCAAUCGGCUGACAGGUGGUGUCAAGGCAAAGCUUUAG